AUGUUUUGGUUACUCCUGCUUUCACCAAUCGUCUUUUUUUUCGCAUUUUGGUACAAAAGAUAUCUAGAAGCUGAUAAGCCAAUCAUUUAUGGAAGACACUCGUCGAAAUUCACCCAUCUCGUAGUUAGUUUGCCGGCUGUUCAAAAGCAAUUCUUUCCAACUUGGUGGUGCCCUUUCGGUUUUGCGCAGACGAUAGCUCGACAAUUUUUCAGGAGUCGACCUACUUUGUCAUGGAGGAGAGAAGUCUACGAACAUUCGGAUGGCGGUGUGCAAGCGUUGGACUGGCUUGAGCCAAUCGAUGCAAAUGAGAAGACUCCGCUCGUUUUCUUUUUGCCUGGAAUCACGGGUUCAACCCAUGACUGUUCCUACAUUAUUCACUGUGCUAAAGAUGUAGUGAAACAAGGCUGGCGUUGCGUCGUUGUAAACGCUCGAGGACUUGGUGGAGUGCCACUUAAAACAGCCAAAACCUACAACGCUGCUUAUACGGAUGAUUUCAGAGAUAUUGUUCAAAUGUCUCUGCAAAGAUACCCGGAUGCGAAGAAGAUGGCUUGUGGAUUCAGUUUGGGAGGCAUGAUUCUCUGGAACUAUCUCGCCAAGCACACUCGUGAAAAUUGUGGUUUACUGGCUGGAAUGGUGAUCUCAUCUCCUUUCGACAAUUUCCGAUCAACGGCCUCUUUGGAGACUUUCUGGCCGAGACUUUUCUUCAACAGCCAUCUAGCCAAUUGCCUCAAAGAGGUUAUCUUCCCAUACAAGGAACUUUUUGAGAAACAUUUGGAUUGGGAGCUGUUGAUGAAAACGAAUACAAUUCGAGGCUUUGAUGCCAAUUUUGUUGUACCGAUGUUUGGGUAUAAUGAUUGGGAACACUAUUACACAGAAGCCACACUUAAAACAAAGGUGAGUCGAAUCCCGAUCCCGGUGCUAACGCUGAACUCGUCUGAUGAUUGCUUUGCUCCGAUCGAUUCUCUACCUCUCGAGGAGAUCUCUCAAUCAGAGAACGUGGUGGCUGUGGUGACAAAACAUGGCGGGCACACAGCUUUCAUGUCACACCAUGAUCCAAACGAGAAUGGACUCGUUGAGCCACUGUUGUUAGAUUUAGCAAGUAAAGUGUUCUCUGGUGAUUUU